UGGAACUUUUAUUUUGAAAUAUCAGGAUUGAUAACGCACUUAUAACUCGAGACUGUUAGUUACCUUAAUUACGAACACGCAUCCAAAACGUUAAUGUUGAGUUUCAUUAAGAGCAAGACUUUCUUAACAGUUUAACAUAACCAUAUUACUCGGUGCUGCUGUGUUUAAUUGGUCGCUAAAGUUUUUAGGUCCAAUUUAUCUAUCAUGGCAACAAGUGACUUGCUGGUUGAGAGAGACAAAAUCCAAAAGGAGAUUUUUGCUAUUGAGAUUUCUUUGCGGGCAGAUGGAGGAAACAUCACAGACCUGUUGUCACUCGAUGCCAGUAGCGAUGAUGAAUCUGUUGACAGUGGACCUGCAGUUAAUGAAGCGGUGCACGAUGAUCUAGAGACAGAACGCCAACGCAUUCAGAGAGAGAUCGAGGAAUUAGAGAAUACACUUGGUGUUAAUGGAGAACUGUUUGACAUUGAGGAAGAAAGUGAACACGACAGCGAUUUUAGCAAUGAGGACAGAGUUGAAUUGGAUCUUCCUCAAAAUAUAGAGACUUGCCUACAAAUUAAUUUGGUCUAUCAGGAGGUGCUUAAAGAAAAACUAUCUGAGCUGGAGACGCUUCUGAGAGACAACCAGCAGCAGCAGAAAGAGAUGGAAGGUCAGUUGUCUGGUCCAACCACCUAUAGCUCUUCUUCACCCGGAGGAAUCCCUAUUCAGAAACUAUUUCUUGGAUAUUUCAUGAAGCCUUAUUUCAAAGACAAACUCACUGCUCUGGGACCUCCAGCAAAUGAUGAAACCAAAGAGAGGAUGAGUCAUGCCACCAGACCCAUUUGUGAGCUGAAAAUAAAGAGAUGGGAGGUUUGGCAGAAGGCUUUGCUGACCAAUGCUGUGGCCACGGACACUAUGAAACGAAUGCUAAAGCCCAAACUUUCCAAGCUGGACUACUUGAGUGGCAAGAUGUCUAAAGCUAAAGAUAAGGAAAAGGAGGAGAUGAAAAAACAAAUAGAUUUAAUACAAGAAGAUAUUGCAGAGAUUAGCGCAAUGACAAAAGAACAGCUGCUGGGUGAUCGCAAUGACGACCAUGACUGGGAGAAAAUAUCCAACAUUGAUUUUGAAGGUUUACGCCAUGCCGAUGAUUUGAAAAGAUUCUGGCAAAACUACUUGCACCCCUCCAUUAACAAGACCGCAUGGAAACAGGAGGAAAUUGAUAAGCUGAGAGAAAUUGUACAAGAAUACAACUGUUGCCAUUGGGAUGAAAUUGCAGAGGCUCUUGGGACCAAGAGAACAGCUUUCAUGUGUUUCCAGACUUAUCAACGCUACAUUUCAAAGACCUUCAGAAGGAAAGGGUGGACUAAAGAGGAAGACCAGAUACUAAGAGAACUUGUGAAAAAAAUGAGAGUCGGAAACUUCAUUCCUUACAUGCAGAUGUCGUACUUCAUGAUGGGUCGUGAAUCAUCACAAUUGUUAUACCGUUGGACAUCUUCUCUCGAUCCCUCUAUAAAGAAAGGCCCUUGGUCAAAGGAAGAAGACCAGUUGUUAAGGAAUGCUGUCGCCAAGUAUGGCACAAAAGAAUGGGGAAAAAUCAGAACAGAAGUGCCAGGCAGGACAGACGGUGCUUGUCGUGACAGGUAUCUUGAUUGUCUUCAGGAGAAUGUCAAAAAGGGUGCUUGGAGCAUAGAGGAGGUGGAGCUACUAAAACAAAAAGUUGAGAAAUAUGGCGCUGGCAAGUGGACAAAAAUUGCUUCCGAGAUCCCAAACCGUAUUGACACCCAGUGCCAGAGCAAGUGGAAGCAACUAACACAAAUUAAUCAAGGCUAUAGCAGAAAAAGGAAACCAGUUCAACAAGUGAAGUUAACCUCAACAGUUCAACAAGAAACAAAGAGACGAAAGGUGAUACAGAAAAAAAUGAAAGCGAUCAAAAUCACUUUAAGCUCCGAGGAUGGAAAGCAAGUAAAAGUUGAAUAUAAGGAUAGUGAUGCUGAAGCAGAUGUCCCUUCACAUGAGGAUUUACUGCAGGAAACACGAGUCAAGGACUACAUACAGCCAGACAUAAAGAAUUGGAUUCCUUUAAAUACAAAGCCAUCGGUUUGUCCUGUAGGAACUGUUAGGACUCUAUGGGUGAGUCUGUCCACCAAUGGGGAUGAUCUAAAGGAACCUAAUAAACCAACUACCAGUGGUCGCAAUCGAUCGAAGAACAGCAUCUGUCCUCCAGUCGAGCCCAGUCUGGUCCGCAAUACCAAUUUAGACCAUUUUGGAAACGUGGAGAGAACUUACGUGGGGAUUGAUGCUACUGUCUUGCCGAACCCGGCUGACAAUGAGAAAACCUUGAUUAAGGUGCCUGCGAAUGAUGUUAAACACUUAAUGCAGGGGAAGGCAACAUCUGUAAAUAAAAAGGACAAAAGGAAAUCUCCAAAAGAUAAAAAGAAAAGACAAGCCCAGAACUGGUCCAGCCUUAACUAUGAGCUCCUUAAAGGGAUCACCCCAUGGAUUGGUAAUGUGAUACUGCCUGUGGAAGCAAAUAAACAGAAGCUUUGUGAAGCUGAAAUCAUUGGAAGAAAAGCAGCAGAGAUCCCUCUCCUGAAGACACAAGUGUUUUCAUUUUUCUUCAAAACUCUCCACAUCGAUGCAGAGGCUUGCAAGAAUGUCAUUAAAGUUCAGCAAAAAAGAAAACUUAGGUUUUUGUGCCAUACAAGUGGUAAAGGAUCAAAUUUUAUGCCAGGGUCUAAAUCCAAACCCCAAACCGUGCCUCAAGUUGGAAAACCAAGUGAACCAUCAAUCUCUAUUCCUGAUCUUCCCUCUGAUACUUUGAACUUCGAUACAAACUUAUUAUUUUUUGAUCAUCAAUCUGAAGUAAAUGACUGGAUGAAUGGAAACGGUGGAAUUUCACUGCCACAUCUAGAGAUCACUUUGCCUUACCUCCCACCAUCUGCUGCCAGUGUCACAAAACUGACUUCAUUGCUCAAGGCUAAACAAUCUCUGCUUACAGCUGCAGCACAUAUCUUACCACACGACUACCAGAAUGGCAAUGGAGAGAAAGAACAAGAAGAGGGCAUUCACAAACUGGUUGCAGAAAGGUUUGCCACAAAUCCAGCAUACCUGUGGUUAAAAGCUCGAUUCUUGUCAUGCUUUACCUUACCUGCCCUUUUAGCCACCAUAAACCCAUACAAGAAUUGGGAAUUGCCAGAUUCACCUCUAUGUAAUGACGAUCCAGUUAUGGACAAGCAUGUGGGAGAAAAUAACGAGGCACCAGCUGCAAUGACUGAUCUGACUACAAAUGAAAACUAAGCUUUGGAAACGCAAUUUUCAGGAAUUUGUACAAACAGGAAACAUCAAUAAGGCAGAUUACUUUUUUAAUCAUAACCAAUUACCCUAGCAUUGAGACUAAAGUUACGUUAUGUAAUGCUUUAACAUGUAUUUUCCUAGAUAUCAGAGACCAUUUUUUUUUGUUAGGGAAAUUCAAAGUAGGUUCUGGCUAUUUUGAAUGAAGAAAAAAUAGGUUAUGGUUUUGUACAUAAGCACUGUUGAAUUGUUUAUAAAAAAAAAUUCUGUUAUGUUUUUGAAUAAAAUGUAUUGCUAAGUCAUGAAAA